UAUGGUGCUUAUCUCGUUUUGGGUUAAAUGGUCUUGGUAUUCGCAUACUAAUGCUCAGCAUCCCUGAAGAGGGGUACAGCAUAGAUCACCAUUGCCCUUCGAUGAUAUCGUACUUUAAUUAGCAUCCCCCGCGACUGCCCCCGAUACAGGAGUUCAACGAUCAGUCCACCUCAUUCUGCCACCGCAUCAGACAUCGAUCACAAACUCUCUGCUUCACCGUCGUCAUGCCCAAGGUCGAGGAAUUUCAGCUUCACCCCCUGGGUUGGGAGAAUGACCCGGAGGAGGAGCGUUUCAAGCUCUCCACCCUCGACUACUUGUCGAUGAUGACCUACAACAACUACGCUCUCUUCUUCAAGCUAGACGAUGCGGAGAAGAGCAAAGUUGUGGCAGUGCUCAUGGAAGGUCUAGAGCGGACUCUCAGCCAGGCAAGACACCUUGUCGGCACCAUCGAGAGGGACGAGGACGGCCACCACUCCUUUGUCAAACGGAAGAACAGUACUGUCAAGUUUGUUGUCCAGCAUCUCGACUCUCCCGAGGAUGCGUUCCCGUCCUUCGCCGAGAUCGAGAAGGCCCACUUCGUUGCGACCACACUUGGUGACAUCAAGGUCUUGAGCAAUGCUCCUAUGACCUACGGCGAGAAGCCGGAAGCCAACCCGGACAGCAGCCCCGCCAUCGCCUCGUACAAAGCCAACUUCAUCCCUGGCGGUCUCAUCUUCAAUAUGCACUCGCAUCAUUACAGCAACGACGUCGUGGGCUGGGGCUCCUUCACCAAGCAGCUGGCCGAGAACUGUUACGCCAUCAUCAACAAGACCGAGUUUCCCUCCUUCGACCCCAAGUGCCUUGAUCGCAGCCGCUUCACCGCCCCGCCGAUUCCUGACGAGUCCCGGGUCGACGCGCCUCCCCAGGCCGACCGCCACCCACAGCACAAGGUCUCGCAGUCGCUGAUCUUCCACCUGCCCAAGAGCAAGGCCGCCGAGCUGAAGAAGGCCGCCUCGCCCGACGACGGCUCCUGGAUCUCCACAUACGAUGCCGUCUCCGCCCUCAUAUGGCGGGUCUUCUCCAAGAUCCGCGAGCCCGUCUACAAGCUGGACCCGGCCUCCAAGCCGAUAUGGGCCGAGGGCGUCAACAUGACCAAGCGGCUCACCAACCCCACGAUGCCCGCCCGCAUGCAGGGCAACCUCUUCUUCGCCACCCUGUCCACCAUGUCCGCCGUGCCGCAGCUGACCUCAGCCGAGAUCAUCUCGGAGGCGCCCCUCUCCAAGCUGGCGAGCUACACGCGCCAGAUGACCAACGGCGUCACCGGUGACAUGCUCGCCGGCGCGCUGCAGAUGCUGGCGCCCAUCCGCAACAAGCAGGGCCUGUCCGUCCGCGUCAACUCGUUCCCGCCCAUGUCCCUGGUCAUCACCGACUGGCGGGACGCCGACGUGUGCGCCGCCGACUUCGGCUUCGCCAGGCCCACCGCCUUCCGGCACCUGUUCGACACGGUGACCGAGGGCCUGGUCAUCGUCUACCCGCCGCAUGACGGACCGGCCGGGGAGGACGAGGGCUUGGAGUUGCAGGUCGCGUUUGAGAAGGAGCUUGUGCAGCAGCUGGUCGAUGAUCCGGAGUGGAGCAAGUAUUUCGAGUUCAGAGGUGUCGACGCGGAGGAGGCUAACCCCGUGGCUGAGGCUGUGCCGGGGGUUCAGGAAGCAUAGCGUAGCAUGUCUAAUGAGUCCCAAACUUCAGAUUACUGUCGAGUCAUUACUGGAGCUCCAGCUGGAGCUAAUCUGCCAAUCAUGGAGUGCGAACAAGAUAAAGCUAGCUUUGCUUAGAUGCGUUCCAACGUAAAGUUCCGAUGUAGGUUUGGAACUGUCGCGAGCCUCUCACGUGCCCGCCACGCCAUCCUGCCCCCACUUCGCCGGCGCACCGGCCGGAGGAGACGUUCCCCUCCCGCGUCAGCUGCGGAUCUAGAUCCGGCAGCGCCGUCGUAGUCAGUCAUGCCGUCGUGCCCUUCUCUCUGAGCACCAAAACUGCCGCUUCGAGGUGGGUGCCCGCCGGCUUCAACAGCAUCGUGGGGACUGACGCCGAUGCGAAGUGCGCGGAGCUGGCUUAUCGGAC